AUGUUUGUGAUUCUGCUGCUUCUGUUUAGAACGCCUUUGCGGAAGCCACUUCUCCUUUUGAUGGACAGGGCGAAGCGCGGCCGAGGCCCGGUGGUGGCCUCCACCGCCGGAGGGACUCUCUUUGUCAUUCUGGUGUCCAUUUUGUGUAGUAUAAUCAACACUCAGAAACGAUCAACGGAUGGGAUCCCUCUUAAUCCCACGGAUGAGCUUAUGUUGGCCUACCAUCUUCUUGAAGCUUCACUUUUAGGUGUUUCCCUAUUUCUGGGAUUGAUGAUUGACAGGCUUCAUUAUUACAUAAAAGAACUUCGUUUACUGAGGAAGCAUGUAGAAGCAGUAAAGAAAUGUAGAGGAAGAGGAAGAGCAUUGAUAUUCAAGACCAAUGCUAGGAAUAGGGCUGUCAUAUGA